AUGAAUGAAUUGGCUAUACCUCUCGAUAUAUGUUUGCUUCCCAGCGGUCGAUCCUUAAAUCGAAAAUGCAUAUACAAUAACCGAACAUAUAAGGCCGAAUGGCAAAAGCUGGAUGGCAAGGUGAAAUGCUUGAAGGAGAUCAAUGAAAUACUUAUUACAAAUGAUCUGAACACACUCUAUCAUGAGGUGAAAAAUGAAAACCAAAACCAAACUUUAGAUAGCGAAAAAGUGGCCACAGAACUGACUAAGAUAUUGGGUCGAAAUGAUACCAAACGCAUUGCCAGUGAUCUGGAGAUUUCUACAAAUAUAAUGAAAAUUAUGACAUUCGCCGAUCGAACCCCCUCAAUGGCAUCAAAAUUUAUUCAAGUCACCGAUCUGCUAAUGCAAUCCGAAGAAACUGCUGUACUCAACUCGCUACCAACAAAUACCCCCAAUAAUCUCGUACGCACCGUUGAGUCCUACUACGAUGAUAUGAUCAGUAUUUUUAUGCCCAACACAACGGAUUGUUCGGAUCAACCAGAUGGCGUCAAAUAUUUCAUAGAAAAUAUGACAAGUGUUUUUUACAUUUAUCCAAACUGUUCAAACCUUUCGGGUAUUGGUACAUAUAGUGCGCCAUCGGGUUCGGAGGAAAUGCGUUAUGACAACCACACAAACACCUAUUUCAAAUUUAUUGGUUUAAAUGAGUCAUUAGAGGACCUCAUCAAUGAUCCAUAUAUUAUUAAUGCUGUCUAUUUUCCUGAAGAUGCGUGGGCAGAAUUACAAAAUGUACAGCAGAAAAAAGACAAUCAGUUGCCAGCUAUACGGAUUUCUUUAUAUAAAAAUCGAAAUUUCUUUGUUGGAAAAGAACAUCGUGCUCCGGAUAGUGUUGUGUUGAAAGUCUCUGUACCAGGAUAUGAAGAAGACCUACCCACACCCAUACCAUAUGUAUUCAGCACAACGGAUCCCGAGAACACCCCCACACCAAUGGGUUGUGGCUCCUACAACUAUGAUUUUUGGAGUUUAAGCGAUCUGAGCAUCACUAGAUCGGAUUAUGCAUCAGUGU